CUGCACUCCCAGCACUGUUCUGGGGUCAGCCACAGAAAACUGUUAUUAACGAAUCUAAAAGGGUCCGCUCCGCAGAUCUUCCGAUCUGCUGUCAGGCACCGUCACGCGUGAGCGCGCAGAGUGUGUUCGUGCUGUGCUGCUGUCAGUCUUAUGCAAGCCGCCCAACAACACACAGCACGAUGAUGUCCGACGCUGCUGCUCCAGCAGACAACAACGGGGAGCCUGGAUUAAACGGGUCAUGGGUAGAGCUGGAGAUGAACAGAAACGCUGCAUCUCUCUCUUCCUCCAGCGCCUCAGUGCCGCCCCCUCUAGACCAGGUAGUAGAGGAGGAUGAUGGGAUGGUCGGGGGGCUGGAACACGUUCCCUCAUCGUCUUCCAUCCACAAUGGAGACAUGGAAAAAAUCCUGCUGGAUGCCCAGCACGAAUCCAGCCGCAGUAACUCCUCGUGCGGCAGCCCUCCUCGACCCCCCAGUCCUCAGGAUGAAGGGCAGAUCAUCUUCGACGUGGACAUGAGGAGAGACAGUCAGGAGCUUGUCAUGGAGAAGAUCAGAGAUGAUGACAUCUUAAUGAAGGAUUCAGAUCGGGUGUCAGACUGGUCAAGUAGACCAGAGAACGUUCCGCCCAAGGAGUUUCAUUUCCGGCACCCGCGGCGUUCAGUGACUCUCAGCAUGAGGAAGACGGGAGCCAUGAAGAAAGGAGGCAUCUUCUCUGCUGAGUUCCUCAAAGUGUUUAUCCCCUCGCUGCUUCUGUCCCACAUCCUAGUCCUGGGUCUCGGGGUCUAUAUCGGGAAAAGACUGACAACUCCCACUGCAAGCUCCAUUUGAACACAAAUCCGAUCGAGUGCCUCAGGCAUGGCCCAGGUGGAUUAGGGAGAAGGUAGCAGUUUGUACGAAGAAGCCCCCCUGCUGCCCCUUUCUUCCACUUUAACUUCCUC